AUGGCGUCAACUGAAGCACUCCCUACCAUCAAGGUGUUAAUCACACUGCAUCCUGGCAUGGACUCCCUCGAUUUCAUCGGUCCCCUUGAAGUUCUGAGCCAGGCGAAGCAUAAUCCCAAUGAUGCUUCAACCAAAGCCUUCUCUACCACCUUCGUCUCCGCUACUGAGCUCACCACCACUGCUCAGGGUGCUGGUCUCCGCGCUCACAUAGAAUUCAAAGAAGCUUAUGCCCGUCUUUCUGAAUUCGACAUCAUAGUUUUGGAGAUUCCAACUCUCAAUAAGCCUCCCAAUACUCCCAAAUCUCAAACCACCCAACUAAAACCACCGCCCCCAAACCCUACUGACUUCUCAAUCCCACAGCUCAUCAUCCCCGGCGGCGGUAUUGACGAAGUCCUAAAAAACAAAUCCGAACCCCUCGGCCUAAUCAAAGCCUGGUCUGACCUCCAAAAGAAAGACCCCAAGAAAGAACGCACCCUCCUCUCCAUAUGCACCGGCUCUCUCCUCCUGGCCCAGCAGGGAAUCUUGUCGGGCCUCUCCGCAACCACACAUCCGGACUCUUACGCCAAGUUCGAGAAGAUCUGCAGCGAGAUCGCACAGCGGGAUCUAGCCGAGCGUUGUGAUCUAGUCGAGGAGCGAUACGUGGUGAACAAUCUACGCUUUGAUCUCGGCGACGAGGAGCAGGUCAAUCCGUAUGUGCGCCGACGCAGCGAUGCCAAGCCUCCGCCAAUGAAACGCAAGGGGAGCAAUGCGUGGAAGGAGAGUAAUACGAGGCGCGAGAGCAAUACUAGGCGUGCGGCGUUGAGGUUGGGUGGCUUGAGGGUCAUUACGAGUGGAGGUGUGACUACGGGUCUAGAUGCAAGCUUGUACUUGGUGAGUAUUAUGGUCAGUGUGGAGAGUGCGAAUGAGGUUGCCCGGGUGCUACAGUACAAUUGGGGCAAGGGCGUUGUUAUUGAUGGAAUUGAUAUCUAG